GAUCAUAAGAUGGUGGCCACCGCUCCAAACGCCGACCGGAAAGAAUAAGUGCUUCAGGCCAGGCCCAGGCUGGCGUCUGUGUUACUAUCCAGCCCGGAGCUUUUUGCCUAAUGGGGUGAACCCAGCUGCCACCUUGUAGCCGCUGCCUGGUGAGGGGAAGCAGGCAGGUGGCUCUUGACACACUUCCAGGCUAAGGCUGCACCUGCCAGACCUACUCUGUGGGCCCUGUGACAUAACAGAAGUUACCGGAAGGAGGGGACACAGCCUCCAGCCCUGUGCCUAAUGAGCGGGAACAGAUCAUGACCACCAAUGUCUGGCUGAAACAGGAAUGGACUGACUACCGCCUGGCCUGGAACAGCUCCCGCUACGAAGGCGUGAACAUCCUGAGGAUCCCUGCAAAGCGCAUCUGGCUGCCUGACAUCGUGCUUUAUAACAAUGCUGACGGGACCUAUGAGGUGUCUCUCUACACCAACGUGGUGGUCCGCUCCAACGGCAGCAUCUUCUGGCUGCCGCCCGCCAUCUACAAGAGCGCCUGCAAGAUCGAGGUCAAGCACUUCCCCUUCGACCAGCAGAACUGCACCCUCAAGUUCCGCUCCUGGACCUACGACCUCACGGAGAUCGACUUGGUUCUCUAGUUUUUCUCUGCCAGCUUGGACGACUUCACUCCCAGCGGCGAGUGGGACAUCGUGGCGCUCCCGGGGCGAAGGACGGUGAACCCACAGGACCCCAGCUAUGUGGACGUGACCUACGACUUCAUCAUCAAGCGCAAGCCCCUCUUCUACACCAUCAACCUCAUCAUCCCCUGCGUGCUCAUCACCUCGCUGGCCAUCCUGGUCUUCUACCUGCCGUCCGACUGCGGCGAGAAGAUGACGCUGUGCAUCUCUGUGCUGCUGGCGCUCACCGUCUUCCUGCUGCUCAUCUCCAAGAUCGUGCCGCCCACUUCGCUGGACGUGCCGCUUUUUGGCAAGUACCUCAUGUUCACCAUGGUGCUGGUCACCUUCUCCAUCGUCACCAGCGUGUGCGUGCUCAACGUGCACCACCGCUCGCCCAGCACGCACACUAUGGCGCCCUGGGUCCGCCGCUGUUUCCUGCACCAGCUGCCCACCUUCCUGUUCAUGAAGCGCCCGGACGGCAGCGCCUCGACGGGCCCCCGGCCCAGCCAGCCUCGCCUGACCAGGUCCGACGCCGCCAGCACCGCCAGCCUCUGUGGGAGCUCCAUGUUCUCCGUGAACCCUGCCGCUGCGGCUCCCAAGUCCCUGGCCAGCCUGCCCCGGGGUUUCCAGCCGAGGCCUUCCAGGAGCUUCCAGCAGGACGUGCAGGAGGCCUUGGAGGGCAUCAGCUUUAUUGCCCAGCAUAUGAAGAGUGACGACCAAGACCAGAGCGCCGCACUCUUAAGGGACAGCGCUGGUUUCCAUUAGCGCCGGGAGACGGGAGGAGGCCGGGAGAACUCCAAAAUCACACUAUGAAACAGAAAGAA